AUGCCCAUGGGCUCGAGAAAACUGUCCAACCAUGUAGGCGUACGUGAGGACUACUUUUUGGCCACUACCUCAUUGAGAAGUCAAGACACCUGCAGCAUAUCUGGAUAUGACAAACUUUCAAGGACAUGCUACCACAGCUCAGAUGACGUGGGUACCGCUGACGUCACAAAGGUCGUUAUUAUACCGGUCCAAAGUCUGUGUCAAUAUGGCGAAUAUCUCGUUGACGGGGCCAACCCGGUACAAGAUUUCCAGCUGACAGUGUCGUCGUAUCACGUUCUUUAUGAUAAACAGGGUGCCCGCUUAAAUUCGAUGCCUACAGAAACCAACGCAGGCUCUUGGUGUGCUGGAGUUAUUGACAAGAAUCAAUUCAUACAGGUCGAGUUCAGUAGUUUGGUUGAAGCUACAGGCAUCGCUCUUCAAGGUCGACAAUUCUCAGUACAUCACAUAACAUCAUAUAAGUUCCUGUACAGUCUAGACUGUGUCACUUUCAUCACCUAUCCAAACACAAAUGGAACUGACAUGGGGUUUCCUGGAAAUACAGAGAAGGAUACAAUUGUGACAACUAUGCUGCCUUACCAGGUGACCGCACGGUGUGUGCGCAUUAACCCACAAACCUGGGUCAAUUACAUCAGUCUACGCUUCGACAUACUCGGAUGUUAUUAA